AUGUUCUGGACUCUGGGCUCUAUCUACGGUGCUACCGCUGUCGCCUUUGGUGCUUUCGGUGCACACGGUCUGAAGAAGAAGAUCUCGGAUCCAUCCAAGAUCGCCGCUUGGAACACUGCUGCUCAUUAUCAACUUGUACACUCUGGCAUGAUUCUUCUGACUGCUGCCGUUGCCCCCAAGAACAAGGUCGCUGCCGGCCUCUUCGCCGCAGGCAUCACAUGCUUUAGCGGAUCCAUCUACCUACUCACUCUUGAUCCUCAAAGGUUCAAGGCUUUGGGUCCUGUCACUCCGAUUGGAGGCCUUUUCCUCAUAGGUGGUUGGGCUGCUCUGGCAAUCGGAUCGCGCGGUAAAUUCUUACCCAAGACCGUAUAG